CGAGUCCAUUAUUGGCGGCUUAUGCCGCCAUCAGACUGCGCGCAACUAGCAGACCAUGCACAAAGUCUUGUCGUUCAGGGAAACGAGUCGUUUUGACACCGCAACACGAGGCCCCAACUGCAGCAGCGCGAAGAUGCUCCCCCGUACGGAGUCUCAGCCUUGUGAAAAGUCGGCUCGGGCGAGGCUGACAUACAGUAACUGGUCUGCAGCCUCGUCAACAUUCCUUGCUCCCGGUGUCUUCCCUGGACGCUUAUAGUGUUGAUCCAGUUCUGUUCUGGCGCGCUCCCUUGAGAACCGGCUAACUACCUGCCCGCACAUGGUUUAUCUGUCCUCGAACAGACUUCACUAAUUCACUCUUCGACUUCAGAUCUUCAUCACAGUAAGUCGCCAUACCAAGGACCAAGUUUGGUACCGUAUAGAACAAGCGUCCAUACCCCGACCGGCGGCGCUCAGCCGCGCAGAGAUGAUGGAAGAAGACACCGAAGUCGAGUUCACCGCGCGGACGACGGACCAGGAGGUCUGCGCGGUCGAGAUCUCGCCCAUGCACCCAGAGUACAUGAUCAUCGGGACAUACUCGCUUGUGAAGAAGGACGACCGGCGCGACUACGAAGCGCAAACGCGCAAAGGAUCACUUCAGAUCAUGACGGUCUCAGAGACGUUCAAACCGCGGUACGCAGGCAUGCUACCACCGCAGCUGCACAGAGUGGAUUUCGCCUCGGCCGUCCUCGAUCUUCACUUCCACCCGGCGGACGGCAGUCUGUUGGGCGUCGCCACGAGUAAUGCGCAAAUGCAGUUUUUCCGCUUCGUCAAACACGGCGACGUGCUAGGUCGACGAGUCAUGACCAAGCUGGUUCCGUUGGGGACGGCAACCGUGGCGGAUGCAGAUGAGCAUGCCCUGGUGCCUCUCGUCACGCAGUUCCUUUGGUUUCCCGAAUUGCGUGUCCACGGCGUAUCUGGCAUCAGCGAUGUGCAGCAAGUAUCGUUUGCAGUGACGACCUCGUUGGGAGAGACCCGGAUCGUGAAGGUGGCGCUCCCUGCCAUCAAGGACCUGUUUGAUGAGAGGCUUUCGCGACACGAACAACAGCCAUUGCACGUUGAGGCGACGACCGUGCACAAACAUGAUCUGGAGGCGUGGACGGUCGCAUCAAUUGACUUGCCGUCGGUGUCUGCCAGCCCAGGAGAGAUUUCGCAGCGUCUGAUUCUCAGCGGCGGCGAUGACAGCGCUUUGAUAGCAUCUGCUUGGAACACGGACACAUGGGAAUCUAUCGUGUCUCCUCUUUGGAAAGAUCGGCGCACCCAUACCGCCGGCGUUGUAUCCAUCUUACCGCUUCCUCCCGUCAAUACGUUCACUCCCCUCAUCACAGGCAGCUACGACGAAUUCAUCCGCAUCUACGAGCUCAACCCCUCCCAAUUCCCCUUUCGCACCACAUUCAAGACCCAACUCCGCCUCAACGGCGGCGUAUGGCGCCUCAAAGUUCUCGACCAGUACAGCAGCAGCAGCAACCAUCAUCAACAUCAGCAUCAUACGCUCAUCGUCGCCUCCCUGAUGCACGGCGGAGCCUCGAUCCUUCGCUUGACAUAUACCUACGGUUCCGAAUCCAGUCAAUCCGGUACCUCGGGAACAUGGACAAUAAACCCCCUCACAACCUUCCGCUCCGGCCACGAAAGCAUGGUCUACUGCUGCGAUGCAAUACGUGAGCAUCCAGAUGCCUCCGGCCCCAUGGCUGGUGCCGGUGCCGGUGCCGAUGCCGGUCCCGCUCCCACCAAGUCCGGACCGAAUCACGCCGCCGAACAUAAACACGUCACCACCGACAAAGAGGACCCGGCGACAGCGCCUCCCACAUACACGAUCGUCAGCACCAGUUUCUACGACAAGAAGAUCUGUACGUGGACGUUUGUGGAUCGAUCCAAAGCCCAAAUCCGAGAUAGUUGAGGGAGUGGACUCGAACUCGCCUUUCCGUUGAUGAGCGGGGUAGGCUGAUAUCUGUGAUGAUUAUGAUCGGGGCAUUGCAUUGGUUUCUUCGAGGGCGUUGCAUGGCAUUUCUGGAGUUCAAGUUUGGGAGGGAACAGGAGUCUCUAAUGGUGGAAUACUUCCGGCUUACCUUGAGUUGUUGCUUGGCUUGGGCUAUCAGGCGUCAAGUUCACAUUUGUACAAAGACGGUCGCCAACCAAUGGCGAGUACUAGGUACCUUACAGUCAGUAGGCUGCAUGCCAGUGCGUCAACUCCGAGUCGCUGGUCCAGCACAUACUGUAACAUCCAUCAACAAGGCUAAGCGCAGACGAGAGUUCAAAGAUAAAAUCCAGGACUGAGGGGAAAACACAGGUGACCUGAGGACCAGAGACCAUUUGUCUGCGAUACGGGAGGUCUCGUACCUAACGCUUUUACGCUCGUCUUUUUGAGCCGUUCUGUAUUCAAGCAUCUAGCAUUUUGGUCUGCGCUUCCCGCUUUCCACUGCACGGCUCGACAAGACUCCGGUACAAAUCCAGCUCGGCAAGCAGGGGAUGUAGAAAAAAGUUAAAAGCCGCCGUCCCCCAAGCCUCGCCAGGUCUCUCCUACACAAUCAUCUCCAACUCCCUGGCAUAUUCGAUCGUAUGACUAAUGACCUCUUUCUCAUCCCCAUCUUCGGCCUUCUUGGCCUCCGCCAGACCUGGGAAGUAUAUCCGACCUUCCUCCAGACUCCAGCCCUGUUCUCGCGCGAAGUCCAUCACGGCGCCCUCGGAGUCAAGAAACAAAAGAUUUUUGGCUGAGGCAAUAGGCAACGAAGGGUAUGAGCGAGCGGCACAAGAGGCGAUCUCGAGACGGAUGGUGUUUAUCAAAAUCUAGAAAACAAACUCCUCCCCAGGCACAUCCCGACCGCUCGUCUUGCGCCACACCUGGUCAUAGCUGCCUUCCAUCAGACUCCGCUCCAAUUCGAUCGGGUAUCUGAUGAACGGGUCUUCCUCGAUUUUCGACGCGCCGCUGGCGGCCCCCUCCGCCACGAUAAGUGAUUCCAGCAGUGUAUGAAAUCCGGCGUAGUCUCCUUGACUCAGGAGCAGCAACAGAUAGAGUCCUGUGAUCUUGGAUCGGUUCUGCGACGGUGUCUGUUGCAGAGAGGGGAAAUCAUAAAACGGUUGGAGCUGGGAAUAGUAUCGCACGAAUGAGUCGGGAUCUCUGGAGCGGAUGGAAAGAAGAGCGCCAGCCUCAAGAAUCGAUCGCGCCGUAGCGAGUGUCGUGACAGGUGUUUGCUGGGAUGGGAUCAGGGCGUUGUGGUGAAGCAAGGCGAGCUUGGCCUUUUGCAGUUGUGGUCGACUUUGUGCUGGGUCAUUUUGACCGAAGAAUUGCAGAAGGGAUUGGAGGACCGACUCGAGAGAGGGUGCGUUCGAGCCCAUCACUGCGGAAGUGCCCCGUUGAGGCGGAGGGAGCGUGUUGAUACUGUACACAGUAGUUGCAAUGACCGGUAAGUCGAUGUUCGGCCGACACGCUGCAGUGGCACACGAGGUCUGAGCAAUUGCAAGAAGAAGACGGAAUGUCCGAGUGAGACUUGAAGGAAGCUGGACAGGGGAGAAGUCAGCCGGUUGUUGAUCGUUGGAAGUAGAUGCUUCAAUUAAGGUAGUUAUUGCAGAUGCGUGUCAGACCUCGUGGCGGUUGCGAGGCCGAACUUGAACGUUCGUAUGCGC